AUGGCGAGCAACGAUGAAGAUGCUUUGAGGCGACGGGACAGACUCAAGGAAAUCCUCAAGAAACGUUUGCAGGAGGUGGGAUGGGAGGAGGAAAUGCAAGAUUACUGCAGAGAACUUAUUCAGAACAAGAGCUUGGAGCACAUCGAUGUGCCUAAGCUCGUGCAGGAAAUCGCGCAGAAGUCUAGAGCUGCGGUGCCGGACAACAUCCGAGAAGAGAUUUCUUCACAAGUCAAAUAUUUCCUGCAGCAUCCGAGCAAGGAGUGA